UCCUUCAUCGAUUCGAUUUAUCUGCAUUUUCAAAUUCAUUACGUUAAAUAUUAUACAUUUUCGCUUUACAUUCUCAGUUCAGAAAACUGAUACCAAUGGCGCCGGAAGCUCUGGUACAAGCAGGGACACCAGACCUGUUUACUCCUUACAAGAUGGGAAAAUUUAAUCUCUCCCACAGGGUGGUGCUUGCUCCGUUGACGAGAUGCAGAGCGGUGAAUGAGAUUCCUUUUGAAGCUCACGCAUUGUACUACUCCCAGAGGGCUACCCCAGGUGGAUUACUAAUCAGCGAAGGCACUUCUCCAUCAAACACUGCUGCCGGGUAUCCACAUGUUCCAGGGAUAUACACGGAAGAACAGGUGGAGGCUUGGAAGAAGGUUGUAGAUGCUGUUCACGCCAAAGGCAGCAUCUUCUUUUGUCAGCUUUGGCACGUUGGCCGUGCAUCUCACCAUGUUUACCAACCCAAUGGGGAUUCACCUAUAUCCUCCACCAAAAAGCGUAUUUCAGAUAAGUGGGAUCCUUUACUUGCACUACCAGAUGGAUCCAAUGGCAAAUUCUCAAAGCCUCGUGCUCUUGAAACCUAUGAAAUACCACAAGUAGUUGAACAUUAUCGCCAGGCUGCCCUGAAUUCCAUUCGAGCUGGUUUUGAUGGAGUUGAAAUCCAUGGGGCACAUGGCUACCUCAUCGACCAGUUCUUGAAAGACGGCAUCAACGAUCGGACAGACAAGUACGGAGGAUCACUAGAAAACCGGUGCAGAUUCUUAAUCGAAGUGGUGGAAGCAGUAGUUUCUGCUAUCGGUGCUGAAAGAGUGAGUGUCAGAAUUUCACCAGCAAUUGAUCUCAUGGAUGCUACUGAUUCCGAUCCACUGGGCCUGGGCUUGGCAGUGAUCGAGAGGCUUAACAAGCUCCAACUUAAGUUUGGCUCAAAGCUGGCUUAUCUCCAUGUGACACGGCCAAGGUUCGCAGCUUUUGUGACCAAAGGAAAUUACGAUGAAGUUGUAGAAGCUAAGUUUAUAAAGACUUUGAGGGACGCGUACGAUGGAACGUUCAUUGCUAGUGGUGGGUAUACUCUGGAGCUCGGACAGAAAUCAUUAGCAAACGGUGAGGCCGAUUUGAUAUCUUACGGUCGUCUGUUUAUCUCAAACCCAGACUUGGUGCUGCGAUUCAAGCUCAAUGCUCCACUGAAUAACUACGAUAGAAAGACUUUCUACACCAAAGAUCCUGUUGUUGGCUUCACAGACUACCCUUUUCUUAACCAAGGAGUUGUUGAUAACAAAGAGGAAUAGCAUUUAACGCUUUUGAUCUGAGAUUUGUUAUUAAAGAAUUGCUUCUUCUGUUCAAAAGAUUGUAAUGUUUUAUAGGUUUAUAAAUUGGUUCAGAAAAAUUGUUUAUUUUUUUAUGUUUUAGUAGCAAAUAUUGUAAUUUGUUAUUGUACGUCCGUAGUUAUUUGUUUCCAUACUCCGGUAUUAUAUGAAAGUGAUUGUAUUCAUUAUAUAUACUCCGUUAUAUAUGAUGUGUUUGUCUUCCUUA